UGCAGGCAGUGCCAUCAGUACAAAGAUCCGAGAGGCACGAAGUUGAGGAGAAAAAUUGCUGAGGGAGUGCCGCUUUUUGAGGCUGGCUUACCUUCAGCAUUUGGUGCCUCCCUCCAGCGUUUUAGGCCUGGCCUGAGUAGACAGAACAUCUCUUCGGCACAUCCCUCGCCAUUUUGGAUAGGAAUGGUUCCCCUCCCUGUGGAGGCAGCACCUCUCUGGCAUCACGGCGCUCCUGGCCUGCCCCCUCGGGGGACCACGGAUUCUCCCUGCAGCCAUAUCUGCUUCCCAGUCUACCAAUGCCUUGUGGAUGUGGAGUUCCAGUGGUACAGGAAGUAAGGCCUCCGACCUGCCUCAGGCCAGUCCUUGUAGAUCUCCAGGGCACUGUCUGGAAGGCUGCCACACUGAGGCGCCGAGUCUGUGCGGGGGCCGUGGCCAUGUCUGCCUCCUGAGAUGCCAGGCCGUCAGGCAAAAUGGAAGCCACCAAUGCCAAAUCCUUCUUCUGGGAGGCCUUCCCCCCCAUGCCCACCUGCCGGGUGUACUGCAGCCCGACCUACCAGGACGGACACCUCUUUGUGGCAGGCGGAUGCAGCCAGCAGGGUCAACCUUUGGACACGGUGGAGAUGUUGGAUAUUGUUUCACGCAAGUGGACGGCGCUGCCCCCUAUGCCCACCCCGCGGGCCGGGGCUGCAGCAGUGAUGCUUGGCAAGGACAUGAUGGUGAUUGGAGGGGUGGACUCCAAACAGAGCCCUCUGGCCUCGGUUGAAAUCUACCAUGCAGAUGAGGGCAAGUGGGAGAAGAAAGCAGACCUGGCCCAAGCUUCCAUGGGUGUCUCAGCUGUUGAGAAAGAUGGUAUUGCUUAUGCUUUAGGCGGGAUGGGCUCAGACACCUCCCCACAGGCGCUGGUGCGGAUGUAUGAGCCGGCCAAGGACCAUUGGCAGCCCCUGCCCGCGAUGCCUACACCCUGCUACGGGGCCUCCACUUUCUUGCACGGGAACAAGAUCUACGUGAUGGGAGGAAGGCAAGGCAAACUGCCUGUCACGGCCUUCGAAGCCUUUGACCUGGAAGUGAGGAGCUGGACCCGCUACCCCAGCGUGCCCAGCCGGCGUGCCUUUGCCAGCUGUGCCAUGGCGGACGGCUGCUUCUUCAGCCUGGGAGGACUGCAGCAGCCAGGCCCCCACAACUUCUAUUCGCGGCCCCACUUUGUCAACACCGUAGAGAUGUUUGACUUGGAGGAGGGUUCCUGGAGUCGGCUGAGCCGUGCCAUCCGCAUGAGAGACAAGAGGGCUGACUUUGUCGCUAGCCACCUCGGUGGACGUGUGGUAGCAGCAGGUGGCCUUGGGAACCAGUCAAGUCCUCUGGAAUCAGUGGAAGGAUUUAACCUGGCAAAGAAGAAGUGGGAGCCCUUGCCCUCUAUGCCCACUGGCCGCUGUUCCUGUUCCAGUUUGGAGGCUGCCCACCUGCUCUUCGUGAUCGGAGGAGUAGCCCAGGGUCCCAGCAGUGCAGUGGAGGCCCUGCGCCUCCAGGAAGAGGUCUGAGUGAUGCUCCUUUGUGGACAAUUUCCUGCAAACACAAGCCAAGAGGACUUAAAGUGCCUGACACUGGGGACAGGAUGCACAGAAGAGAGAGCAGGGAGGAGGAGAACACAUACUUCAUCUCUGAC